GCAGUCGGCGCCGCUGAAUGGAAGGGCCGGAACGCAGCCAUUGGCCAGCAGCGGAGAAGCCGCGCGUUCAUUGGGCAACGCGAGGGGGCCGGGCCGCCUUCAGGAAUGUACUACGGCGUGCCCAGCACGUCUGUCCGCGGCGGUAGGGCGCGCACACAGCCCCGGGCCCGGGAAGGUUGUGCGUACUGUAAUGAGGGCUGGAGCGUGCAGGUCAGCGCGCGGACCCUGUUACCUGUGCGCCCUCAUCAAGAGCAGGCCGAAGACUGGAGCGCGCGGACGCACACUCACGCGGGUGCGCGGAUGGGCCUCUUGCUCCGGGUCACGUGGUGGAGUAGGCUCCGCCUUCUCCCCGCUCCUCCCCCUUUCCCUCCAUCUGGGUUCUUUCUUUCCUUUUCUUUCUUUUUUUUUUUUCAAUGAACACACACCGUGUGCAUCUUAAAGCCACACUGCCCCAUUUCACGGGUUCAUUUGGCUCCUCACUACUCCGGUUCCCUCUGCAUUUCAAGUUGGAAAAAAAAAUAGGACGUAACAGAAUCUGGUGUUCCUGGGUCUGGUGUCUACUGCGGGAAGGAGGAACUUCAAACUUACAGGAGAAUGGAAUGUGCUUUCUUAAGAGUUGUUAUUAUUUUUCUUAAAGAGCGUAGUUGAGUAGACAAUUUAAAGUGUUGCUGGCUCCAAGAUUCACUCCCCUCCCCCACGUCGCAUUUUUGUUGUUGUUUUGUUCAACAGUAAAGUGAAUCCCCUGGAUGUCUUGGUGACACUGGACGCAAUAUCAGGACAAAUAUUAGCGAUCUAUGAACAAUAUGUUUAAAAUGAAUUCCACAUCAAAGCCUUUAUUCUCUCCUACGUCACGCUAUUAAAUGUUACAGGAUGCGUAUCGAGCUUUAUUUUUUAAAAAGCUUAAAACUUUCUUUUAAGAAUGUGAUUAAUUAAUGGGGGUCCAGAUGAACCCUAAAUAAUCAAGAAAUCUCUCAUUUACAUUUCUCUGGCCUGCUGAAAAGAUUUGCUUCUUUUUAUAUGUUCAACAUUCGAAUAAAAAAUCAGACUGUGUCUGGCUUCUCCUUAUAGACGUGUUCAAAUUGGACUGUGCUGUUGUGUAUUUGGGGGGGGGUGCUAGGGGAGUGUGAGGGGUUUUAAAAAGGGGUGGCUUUUCCCAACAUCUUUGCUCGCCUCUUUAACUUUCCAUUUUGUUUAUCUUAAUACAAGGCGUUGUUCCCUGCAAGAGUCUAAGUCUUGCCUUUGGUUAUAAAAGAAAAGAGGAGAAAAAAAAAUUGGCACACAUUGGCGCACUAUCCACCACCCUGUCAUUAUUGGUGCAGGCCUGGGAAUUCAAGCCGGACCUCCCAGUAUUCGCUGCAGCUUGAGGCCAAAGUGCCUCUAAAAGGGUUUUCUUUGAGGAAUCUCAGAAAUUGUUUAAGCGCUUAAAAAAAUAUUACAUAUCCCCCCUGUCUAUUACGAGGCAAAUGCUCCUGUGUGAGCGUGUGCGUGUGUAUGUGUGUGUGUGUGCGCGCGCUCGCUCGCAAAAAGCGUCUCAAAAAAAGAAGACACUGUUGAAAAGAAAAGAAAUAAGAAAGAAAGGAGGGGGAAGCAUUCCUUAAUGGAAGUAUUGCAUGCGAGAAGGUUGGCGCUGGGCGAGCGCCCCCCCACCCCCAAGCCUGGGAUGCACACACGGGGGUUGCCUACCUGGGUGGUCUCUCUACUUUGGUGAGCUGUUGCUAAGCAGCUAAUAAUAGUCAUGUUUGCUGAGUAAUUUCUGCCCUCCAAGAGCCAAUCGCGUCGCAGAAACCCAAGCCAUCUGACAGCCCCGGGGGCGGGAGUUCCAGCCUUUUUCUCUUUCGCUCGCUCUCUCCCCCUCCACCCCCUCCCCUCCUCCUCCUCUUUCUCCAAAUGGAGAGAGUUCUUUUUUUUCUUCUUCCAUCUCAUCUAUUGAGUCAAGGAGCUGCUGCGGCCGCUGCCCGCUGCACACACACAGAGCGGAGUCCUCAGGUCCCGGUAGCGAGAGAGGCGCGCGGCGCGGGGGCAGAAUGGUCCAGCGGGUCGGUGAGGAGAACAAGAAAGCAGAGUCCGGGACCGAGCAGCCACCGCGAACCCAGCAGCCCGAGAGCGAGCAGCCGCUUCAGAAGCCGCCACCGCCAACUCCAGCCGCAGCCGCACCAGCAGCAGCAGCGGCGGCAGCCCCGGCCCGGCAUCGCUGAGACCCGCCGGGCACCGUCGCGUCGCCCGCAGCGGGCGCCGAGGGAGCCGGCGCAAGCGGCGGGGGUCUGCGCGCGCCUUCUGCCGUGAAGGGGUCGCGGCGCGGGGCGGGGACGUCUGGGGGGGACUUGGGGACCGCGAGGCGCGCCCUGGAAGUGCCGGCUCUCGCCUUCCCGCGAGCUGGAUGUGGGCAGCGGCGGCCGCAAAGACCUCGGGACUCACGCGCAAUGUGGCAAUGGAAGGCUCAGGGUCUGAGUCCCCGGCAGCGGCCACGGCCGCAGCACCCGCAGCGCCCGCCGUGUGAGCGGCAGCAGCGGGUCUGUCACCCGGAGCCGGAGUCCCCGGCCGCCAGCAGCGUCCUCGCGAGCCGAGCGCCCAGGCGCGCCCGGAGCCCGCGGCGGCGGCGGCAACAUGGCCUCGGCUGGUAACGCCGCCGGGGCCCUGGGCAGGCAGGCCGGCGGCGGGAGGCGCAGACGGACCGGGGGACCGCACCGCGCCGCGCCGGACCGGGACUAUCUGCACCGGCCCAGCUACUGCGACGCCGCCUUCGCUCUGGAGCAGAUUUCCAAGGGGAAGGCUACUGGCCGGAAAGCGCCGCUGUGGCUGAGAGCGAAGUUUCAAAGACUCUUAUUUAAACUGGGUUGUUACAUUCAAAAGAACUGCGGCAAGUUUUUGGUUGUGGGUCUCCUCAUAUUUGGGGCCUUCGCUGUGGGAUUAAAGGCAGCUAAUCUCGAGACCAACGUGGAGGAGCUGUGGGUGGAAGUUGGUGGACGAGUGAGUCGAGAAUUAAAUUAUACCCGCCAGAAGAUAGGAGAAGAGGCUAUGUUUAAUCCUCAACUCAUGAUUCAGACUCCAAAAGAAGAAGGCGCUAAUGUCCUGACCACAGAGGCCCUACUACAACACCUGGACUCAGCACUCCAGGCCAGCCGUGUGCACGUCUACAUGUAUAACAGGCAAUGGAAGUUGGAACAUUUAUGCUACAAAUCAGGGGAACUUAUCACAGAGACAGGCUACAUGGAUCAGAUAAUAGAAUACCUUUACCCUUGCUUAAUCAUUACACCUUUGGACUGCUUCUGGGAAGGGGCAAAGCUACAGUCCGGGACAGCGUACCUCCUAGGUAAGCCUCCUUUACGGUGGACAAACUUUGACCCCUUGGAAUUCCUAGAAGAGUUAAAGAAAAUAAACUACCAAGUGGACAGUUGGGAGGAAAUGCUGAAUAAAGCCGAAGUUGGCCAUGGGUACAUGGACCGGCCUUGCCUCAAUCCAGCCGACCCAGAUUGCCCUGCCACAGCCCCCAACAAAAAUUCAACCAAACCUCUUGAUGUGGCCCUUGUUUUGAACGGUGGAUGUCAAGGUUUAUCCAGGAAGUAUAUGCAUUGGCAGGAGGAGUUGAUUGUGGGUGGCACCGUCAAGAACGCCACUGGAAAGCUUGUCAGCGCUCAUGCCCUGCAAACCAUGUUCCAGUUAAUGACUCCCAAGCAAAUGUAUGAACACUUCAGGGGCUACGACUAUGUCUCUCACAUCAACUGGAAUGAGGAUAGGGCAGCCGCCAUCCUGGAGGCAUGGCAGAGGACUUACGUGGAGGUGGUUCAUCAAAGUGUUGCCCCAAACUCCACUCAAAAGGUGCUUUCCUUCACCACCACGACCCUGGACGACAUCCUAAAAUCCUUCUCUGAUGUCAGUGUCAUCCGAGUGGCCAGUGGCUACCUACUGAUGGUUUUGCCAUUUCUUGCCCUUGGUGUUGGUGUGGACGACGUCUUUCUCCUGGCCCAUGCAUUCAGUGAAACGGGACAGAAUAAGAGGAUUCCAUUUGAGGACAGGACUGGGGAGUGCCUCAAGCGCACGGGAGCCAGCGUGGCCCUCACCUCCAUCAGCAAUGUCACUGCCUUCUUCAUGGCUGCAUUAAUCCCUAUUCCUGCACUGCGAGCGUUCUCCCUCCAGGCUGCUGUGGUGGUGGUAUUCAAUUUUGCCAUGGUUCUACUCAUUUUCCCUGCAAUUCUCAGCAUGGAUUUAUACAGACGUGAGGACAGAAGAUUGGAUAUUUUCUGCUGUUUCACAAGCCCCUGUGUCAGCCGGGUGAUUCAAGUUGAACCGCAGGCCUACACAGAGCCUCAUAGUAACACCCGGUACAGCCCCCCACCCCCGUACAGCAGCCACAGCUUCGCCCAUGAAACCCACAUCACCAUGCAGUCCACCGUUCAGCUCCGCACAGAAUAUGACCCUCACACACACGUCUACUACACCACCGCCGAGCCGCGCUCUGAGAUCUCUGUACAGCCUGUCACCAUCACCCAGGACACCCUCAGCUGUCAGAGCCCUGAGAGCACCAGUUCCACCCGGGACCUGCUUUCUCAAUUCUCUGACUCCAGCCUCCACUGCCUUGAGCCCCCCUGCACCAAGUGGACACUUUCUUCGUUUGCAGAGAAGCACUACGCUCCUUUCCUCUUGAGACCCAAAGCCAAGGUUGUGGUAAUCCUUCUUUUCCUGGGCUUGCUGGGCGUCAGCCUUUAUGGGACCACCCGAGUGAGAGACGGGCUGGACCUCACGGACAUUGUCCCCCGGGAAACCAGAGAAUAUGACUUCAUAGCUGCCCAGUUCAAGUACUUCUCUUUCUACAACAUGUAUAUAGUCACCCAGAAAGCAGACUACCCAAAUAUCCAACACCUGCUUUACGACCUUCAUAAGAGUUUCAGCAGUGUGAAGUAUGUCAUGCUGGAGGAGAACAAGCAACUUCCCCAAAUGUGGCUGCAUUACUUUAGAGACUGGCUCCAAGGACUUCAGGAUGCAUUUGACAGUGACUGGGAAACCGGGAGGAUCAUGCCAAACAAUUAUAAAAAUGGAUCUGAUGAUGGGGUCCUCGCUUACAAACUCCUGGUGCAGACUGGCAGCCGAGACAAGCCCAUCGACAUUAGUCAGUUGACUAAACAGCGUCUGGUGGACGCAGAUGGCAUCAUUAAUCCGAGCGCUUUCUACAUCUACCUGACCGCUUGGGUCAGCAAUGACCCUGUAGCUUACGCUGCCUCCCAGGCCAACAUCCGGCCUCACAGACCAGAGUGGGUGCACGACAAAGCUGACUACAUGCCAGAGACCAGGCUGAGAAUCCCAGCAGCAGAGCCCAUAGAGUACGCUCAGUUCCCUUUCUACCUCAACGGCCUACGGGACACCUCAGACUUUGUGGAAGCCAUAGAAAAAGUGAGAGUCAUCUGUAACAACUACACGAGUCUGGGGCUGUCCAGCUACCCCAAUGGCUACCCCUUCCUGUUCUGGGAGCAGUACAUCAGCCUGCGUCACUGGCUGCUGCUAGCCAUCAGCGUGGUGCUGGCCUGCACAUUUCUAGUGUGCGCAGUCUUCCUCCUGAACCCCUGGACGGCCGGGAUCAUUGUCAUGGUCCUGGCUUUGAUGACCGUUGAGCUCUUCGGCAUGAUGGGCCUCAUUGGGAUCAAGCUGAGUGCUGUGCCGGUGGUCAUCCUGAUUGCGUCUGUUGGCAUUGGAGUAGAAUUCACCGUCCACGUGGCUUUGGCCUUUCUGACAGCCAUUGGGGACAAGAACCACAGGGCUAUGCUCGCCCUGGAGCACAUGUUCGCUCCUGUUCUGGACGGUGCUGUGUCCACUCUGCUGGGUGUACUGAUGCUUGCGGGAUCCGAAUUUGACUUCAUUGUCAGAUACUUCUUUGCCGUCCUGGCCAUCCUCACCGUCUUGGGAGUUCUCAACGGACUGGUUCUGCUGCCUGUACUCUUAUCCUUCUUCGGACCAUGUCCUGAGGUGUCUCCAGCCAACGGCCUAAACCGGCUGCCCACUCCUUCGCCUGAGCCGCCCCCAAGCGUCGUCCGGUUUGCCGUGCCUCCUGGUCACACGAACAAUGGGUCUGAUUCCUCCGACUCCGAGUACAGCUCUCAGACCACGGUGUCUGGCAUCAGUGAGGAGCUCAGGCACUAUGAAGCACAGCAGGGCACCGGAGGUCCUGCCCACCAAGUGAUUGUGGAAGCCACAGAAAACCCCGUCUUUGCCCGGUCCACUGUGGUGCAUCCUGACUCCAGACAUCAGCCUCCCUUGAACUCUCGGCAACAGCCCCACCUGGACUCUGGCUCCCUGUCCCCUGGACGGCAAGGCCAGCAGCCUCGAAGGGAUCCCCCCAGAGAAGGCUUGCGGCCACCCCCCUACAGACCGCGCAGAGACGCUUUUGAAAUUUCUACUGAAGGGCAUUCUGGCCCUAGCAAUAGGGACCGCUCGGGCCCCCAUGGGGCCCGUUCUCACAACCCUCGGAACCCAACGUCCACUGCCAUGGGCAGCUCUGUGCCCAGCUACUGCCAGCCUAUCACCACUGUGACGGCUUCCGCUUCUGUAACUGUCGCUGUGCACCCCCCACCUGGACCUGGGCGCAACCCCCGAGGGGGACCCUGUCCAGGCUACGAGAGCUACCCCGAGACUGAUCACGGGGUGUUCGAGGAUCCCCAUGUGCCUUUUCAUGUCAGGUGUGAGAGGAGGGACUCGAAGGUGGAGGUUAUAGAACUACAGGACGUGGAGUGUGAGGAGAGGCCGUGGGGGAGCAGCUCCAACUGAGGGUAAUUAAAAUCUGAAGCAAAGAGGCCAAAGAUUGGAAAGCCCCGCCCCCCCCACCUCUUUCCAGAACUGACUGCUUGAAGACAACUGCUUGGAAUUAUGGGAAAGCAGUUCAUUGUUACUGUAACUGAUUGUAUUAUUUUGUGAAAUAUUUCUAUAAAUAUUUAAGAGGUGUACACAUGUAAUAUACAUGGAAAUGUUGUACAGUCUAUUGCCUGGGGCCUCUCCACUCCUGCCCCAGAGUGGGGAGACCACAGGGGUCCUCUCCCCUGUGUACAUUGGUCUCUGUGCUGCAACCAAGCUUAACCUAGUUUUUAAAAAAGAAAUCUCCCAGCAUAUGUCGCUGCUGCUUAAAUAUUGUAUAAUUUACUUGUAUAAUUCUAUGCAAAUAUUGCUUAUGUAAUAGGAUUGUUUGUAAAGGUUUCUGUUUAAAAUAUUUUAAAUUUGCAUAUCACAACCCUGUGGUAGGAUGAAUUGUUACUGUUAACUUUCGAACACGCUAUGCGUGGUUAUUGUUUAACGAGCAGACAUGAAGAGAACAGGUUAAUCCCAGUGGCUUCUCUAGGGGUAGUUUGUAUGCGGUUCGCAUGGGUGGGUGGGUGUGUGCAUGUGACUUUCCAAUGUACUGUACUGUGAUUUUGUUGUUGUAGUUGUUCUUCUUUGUGUUUUUCUUUGCUUUGUAUGAUCUUAGCUCUGGCCUAGGUGAGCUAAGACGGUCUGGGUCUUUUUCCUGUCUUGAUGCUGGUAGAAGGGUAACCCCAAUCAUCCGUCUUAUUCUCUGGGACUGUUCAGAGAAAGCCAGAUUUGCUUCAUGCCUAUGGCUGCUUCUGAGGUCAUGGGUAGCCCUCCAAGCACCUCUCCUUAUGUUUCAAAGACAAGAUGUUCUCACAGACAUAGUGUUGCCUAUUAAGGCCUCUAUACUCAGCAAUCAUCCCUGGUGGUGAAAAAUUGGACAACAUUGCCUUGUGGUGAGUCUCAGCUGGGUCAUGAGAUUACCCUCUAGGAACAUGUGGUUGUCCCUUUCUGAUGAUCACACAUGCACAUAGCCUCCCAGAUGCAGACCAAAAAGCCCUAUUUCAUUGAAAGUCUAUAUUAAAGCCUUUACAAAUAAGAGUCCCUCCUUGCUGUGACUGCCUGGCUGGGGCAUGCUAGUAGUUGUACAGUCUGCCAUGUGGGGUGAGUUUCUAAGGACGCUUUCCUACAUGUCUUACCCUGUGCACACUUCCUUCUCCACUGUUAGCAUCCAUCCAUGAAAGGGCAGGAAGAUGCCCCCCUGUAACAGUAUAUAGAGGAAGGAAACUCGUGCCUGUGGAAGCUGUCGUGAGGAGUGUAUUCUGUGUGCAGCUUCCCUGGAUCCCUCCUAUCCUUCAUGGAAAAAUUUAAGGUGAUGAGUCUCUAGUAGUACCAGCAAUCUAGUGCCCUCAGACUCUAAAGCGUAUCCCCCAUACUGUAAGGUUCUAAUUGGAAGCCACCUGUGACUACCGUGUGUGUGUGUGUGUGUGUGUGUGUGUGUCUGUCUGUCUGUCUGUCUGUCUGUGUGUACACCAGAGGCCCUGGCCAUUGACUGCUACUGUCUUAAUGCCUGUCAAGCCACUGUCUGCCUACCGAACACCAGCUCUGCUCAGGUAUCUUGCACCCUGAGUCGAGGAGGGAGACGUAAUUUGCCGAAGCCGUUUUUGGCGGUAGUUCUUGGUUGUGUCCCUUACCCCCGAGCCUUGCGCAUGUGACAGAAGGAAUUCCGUACAGCCUCUUGGCUUCCGUGCAUCAUGAAUCACAUCAGCCAGGGCAGGAAGGACACGGAGCUGGCAGGAGACUAAAGUCAGAGUGUGUGUCUCUUGUCUGUCUCUCUCGUAGUUUUAUUUUGUCUGUAUUGUUUGUUCAUUUGGAUGUUUUAAUUUUUAAAAGAAAAGAUCUUUGCUGAUAUUUAUAAUUUUGUAUCAUAAGAAUGUCCUCCAGAAUUUGUCAUGCCAGUUUAUAACAGAAAAAAAAAUUGCAGGGAUUUUAUUUCUAUUGGAAACACUAUUGCAGUUAUGUUUUACUUUUGAACAGAAGUUUUAUUUGUAUAGAGUGCUUACUAAUGUUAAAUAGUUCAGAGUAUAUAACAUUUAUGUUAAGGACUCAAUGGUAGGUUUUAGUGUAAGGAGUUUAAAGGAAAUAAAUAUUCAAACUGGGUCUCGUCUGCCAAUUUGGGUGGAAAUGAGUUUGUGUCAUUUCAAUUACAAAGACGAAAGUAUGCCAUAUAAUUUAUUUAUAUGAAAAUUUAUUUUUGUAGUGUACAUAGUAGUCAUCAAGUCUUUUGACAGAAGUAUAUUUUUAAAGAAUUUAUAUGUGAUGAAAUCCGUAAUGUCUGGGGCUUUGCUGAGACAUGGGUGUGAGGACACAUUUCAUUGCAAACGACAGCAAGGGAGAGGGAGUUGUGUUUAACAGUGUUAAGAGAGUCCACGUGAUUGGAAAGGGUUGGUGUGAGCGUGGUGACCUAGUGUGGUUCUCAGAUGAAAAUGUACAAAACUCUCUAAAUAUUAAUGUUCAAACACUGAUAGAAAUUCUAACAUGAAUAAAGAUAAUAUAACUUGUCGGUUUA